AUGCCGCAUUUUCAUCAAAUCGUUACCAACGCCCUGAAGAAACUGAAGUACGCCAAGAGUUUCACUGACCAGGUGAAGAUCGUGACGGCGCAAAAGGGAGUCGCCCAGUUCGAGCUUCGGCUGGAAAAGGAGCACUGCGACCUGCAAGGCACUAUGCACAAUGGCACGGCAUUCACCCUGAUAGACCUGUACACGUGGGCGACUGCCUGCACGCUGUACGAUGAAGGCACGUCGUUCACGAGCCUGAACAUCGAGGCCAGGUUUCUGGCUCCAGCGGCGCUUGGAAGCGAGAUCUUCAUCGACUCCCGGGCGGCCGACCCAGGCGGCAGGACUGCUUUCGUGGAAAUGGAUAUUCUCGACAAGACCACCCAGCAGAUCCUUGUCCAAGGAACUCACACUAUGUUCAUGCUCUCGAGCAGAGUUAAGGUCAUGAUGGCACAGCAGGGAGCCGCCCAGUUUGAGCUAUGGCUGGAAAAGGAACACUGCAACCUGCAAGGCACUAUGCACAAUGGCACGGCACUAUGCACAAUGGCACGGCACUCACCCUGA